AUGUUCUCUCCUGAGUCAGCCCCAGCCUCAGGCCUUGUGGCACCUACAGAUGCCGUGUUUGUUCUGACACCUCUGCACCAGUACAGUGGAGUCAUCGUCAGGAUAUCAUGGCCCCAGAAUGCCAACCCCUCUGUAUAUAUAAAAACCUUCUAUCGUAGCCUAGGCCCCACAGUGCAAACACCCGGAGAGAACCUAACCUUGUCCUGCAGCUCCCAACGCCGCUUUGACAUGUACCAUCUAUCCAGGAGAGACCAUGAACUUGAAGCUGCUGCAGUGCCAAACAUCAAUGGAACAUCCCAGGCCAACCCUCUGAGGCCUGUGACCCACGGAGGAGACCUACAGAUCAAGCGGUUCUUCUUUCCAUACACACCCUACCAGUGGUCGGUCCCAAGUGACCCACUGCAUGUUUCCUGUCACAGGAAACCCUUCACGUGUAGUUGGCCUUUACCCACUGAACCAAACUCCAAAACCGAUGCUGCUGUAAUGGACCAAGAGCCUACGGGGGACAGAACAGUGAACAGGGAGGACUCUGAUGAACCAGAGCCUCAGGAGGUGACAUACGCACAGUUGGAUCACUGUGUUCUCACACAGGGAAAAAUCACUCACCCUUCUCAGAGGCCCAAGAGACCCCCAACAGAUACCAGCAUGUACAUAGAACUUCCAAAUGCUGAGCCCAGAUCGAAGUUGUCUUCUAUCCACGAGCACCACGGUCAGGCCUUGAAGGGGUCUUCUAGGGAGACAACAGCCCUGUCUCAAAACCGGCUUCACAGCUCCAAUGUACCAGCAGCAGGAAUCUGAAGGUGUGAGUCUGCAUCUUAGAGCAUCGCUCUUCCUCACACCACGAAUCUGAACGUGCCUCUCUCUCGCUUACAAAUGUCUAAGGUCCCCACUGCCUGUUGGAGAGAAAACACACUCCUUUGCUUAGCCCACAAUUCUCCAUUUCACUUGACCCCAGCCCACCUCUCCAACCUUACUGGCUUACUUCGUAGUCCUACUGGAGGCUGCAGUCACACUGAGGAGCUCACAAUUCCAAACAUACAAGAGGCUCCCUUUUAACACGGCACUUAGACUCAUGCUGUUCCACCUUCCCUCAUGCUGUUCCACCUCCCCCCAGACUAUCUUUCAGCCUUCUGUCAACAGUGAAACUGAAAAAUUUUUUUAUCAUUUCAAUAUAGCUCUCUCCUCUUCAAAUAAACACGUCUG